AUGGCAAUAAAUGAAGAAAAUUUCAGUCGGUUACUCACUCAGCAAAUUUCUGAUAUUGAAGCUACUGAACAGGAAAUUAUUAUCCUGGAAAAAUAUAGAUCAGAUUAUGAGUCUGUUAGUAAUAAAAUUCAGGAGUUGCAAAAGUCUGUAUAUAAAGAUGCGUAUAUUCCAUUCAGUCGCAAAGCGCUUGUCCGUGGGCGUUUAAUUCAUACAAAUGAACUAUUAGUGUAUCUUGGUGGGACUGAUGACUAUUUUGCUGAAUUAUCUGUCUACGAAACAGUUCAGUUGCUCAGUCGUCGUAUUAAACGGUUAGAGAUAAAAUUAGAUGGAUUACGUCAACAAAAAACACUGUUAAACGAUAGAAUCAAUUACACAAAACAAUUGGUCUCACAAAAACUAGUUUCUAUACCGAAAGAUUCCUCCAGUUGUACUCGUGAUCAAGUUGUAGAAGGUAUUGAGGAUGAUAAAGAAAUUGAAAUUAGAGAAGAGUAUGAUUCUGAUGCUGAGAUUGAAUGGAGGAAAAAACAUAUAAAUAGUCGAAAACAGGAACGUAUUUCCCAUGCAUCAAGAUAUUCCCCAGUACUUACUACUCGUCGAGUGUCGUUUGAUUUAGCUGAGCAAGUGCUUGGAGAACAGUAUACUGAUUAUGAAAGUAUUUCUAAUUCCGAAUCUGAUUUUGAUGGCGAAAACUUGUCGACUAUACACUUUCAACAUUCAGACACACCUUCACCUAUUCCAAGAGAAACAGUAGUCGAUGUUUCCACUCUUACUGUUGCAGAAGCUGUCAAUUUCGCCCUCAAGAUUUGCGACACACACGGUAAAAAUAAAGUGUUCUCUGUAGAACCACUCGGUGAUAUUAG